AUGCUGCAAUGUCUCUCCUUCAACUCGUUGACUCCUUCCCCACGCAACCCGCCUCCUCCUCUCUCUCCAUAUUCACAAGCAAACUCAACCCAAGAACAACAAACGCCAUCUUCAUCAUCAAGCCCAAAUGUCUCUCGGGAAUUCGAUCGCGCCAUUCAAGGCCCUUCUUACAACGAAAUCCGCACCAUGAUCCAAACCCCUCUUCAACCACACCACAUCGAAAUCCAACAACAAAACGAAGAUAACAACGAAGAAGAAGACGAAGAAUCCCACCAUCGUGAUAUCCUCACCCAAGUUCUUCAACCCGACCCCAACAGCGUCCGUGAAACCCUCGCUAACGCAAAACCCCAAAGUGCCCUUACCCACCUCGUUUCAUCUUACUUCGAUCACAGUGAAACAACCUCCCACCUUUGUCUCACCCUCGUCCGUUCCAUCAACCGUGCUCGCGAAAUGUAUAACCCUAUCUCUGAUCUUCUCUCCGUUCUCCCCUCCGAUAGCUCCUCCCUCUCUCAACUCCAAUGUGACACUGCCUAUGACCUCUUCAUCCAAUUCAACAUUCACGAAAACCCUUUCGUUUUCCCUCAUUUUAAUACCCUGCGCAACAGCUUCUCUGAUCUUAAACACCAAAUUCAACUCGACCGUCGGAAAUGUCGUCACAGAAUCCGUCUCUUCCGUAACGCCACGGUUGGCUGUGCUGUCUGUGGCCUUGCCACUGUAUCUAUAGCUAUAGUCACUGCCGUAAUUGUUGCCACACAUGCUUCCAUUGGAUUUGCGGCAAUGGCGCCAUUUUGUAUUCCUUUUCAAAAGAGAAGAAAGAGGAAGGCAUUGGCUAGGUUGAAGCAGCUUGAUGCUGCUGAGAGUGGAACUUUUGUUGUGAAUCAUGUGAACACCAUUGAUAGUCUUGUGGAUCGUCUUCAAACAGCUGUGGAAGGCGAUAAGGCUUACGUGCGGUUUGCGUUGGAGAGGGGAAGAGAUAGGCAUCCUAUACAGGAAGUGAUCAAGCAGCUUCGCAAGACACGGCCGAUUUUUGAACAAUUGCUUAAAGAUCUUGAGCAACAUAUCUAUCUAUGUUUUUAUACGGUUAACAAAGCUAGGUAUGCACUCCUCAAAGAGAUAUCAGUUCAUCAAACUGUGUAG